AUGGCGUCUUCACUACGACUGCCCGCGGGCAGCUUCGCUUCUAGCGCACGUCCGACUACCAUGAUAUCCCAGUACGGUCCGGUAUCGCACAUCCGGUCCUUCUCGCAGGUGCCUCAACGACUGGCGUCGAUCCGGUCCCAGAACUUUAACGCGAAGAACCAGGCCCAGCCCUCGCUGAAGUCCCGCCAUAGGGACGCAAUGCAGGGUGUUCAACAGCCUCCCGAGGCACCAUAUUUACCGGCACAUUUGUUGUUGAUCUAUCGCUGGCAGCUGAAGUUGACCGAUACUCUCUUGUGGGGAAAGCGCCGACAAAUUGUACGUCAAUUGCAUGAAGAUAUGUACACUGCUUUUGCGAAUGGCGAUAAGAACGCCUUAAAAGCCCUUUGUGUCCCCAGUUUCGCCGACAAGCUCAUUGCUCAAAUCGAUAGCCGCCCAGCAGGUCAAAAGAUCACUUGGACCCUGAACUCCUGGCUCCGCCGCCCGGACACCCUCUUCCGGGGUAUUCGCAUCCUCUCAGACCGCGCAACCCAAUUCCCAGAAAUCUCCAGCGCCGGUGUCCGCCAAAUCGUCUUUUGCAUGACAUCUCGCCAGACAAUGAGCAAGUCUAGACGCGUCGGCUUCGGCAAAGCGGCUAAAGUCUUUGAAGAGCCAAAGAAGGUUCAGGACUGCCGUGAAUACAUUACCAUCCAGCAGAUUACAUUCCGCGGAAAGCCUGGUGGAUGGCGGAUUUGGGGCCAUGCCAAACCGACCACCAUUGAAGACAUCAACACCGAUCCUUACUUCCGGCCUACAGCGAGCUUGAAGGAGCGUCUGGAUGGCAUCAUGUCCCAAUCUGGCCUCAAAUAA